GUCUGACCUCCCGGAGAGGCUGUGGUGACACGGAGAUGGCAGAGGAGGAGAUUCGCGACCCGACGUACCAGUAUUUAACCCAGAGCUGUCCUUGUGGAUCAAGCAGGAGGACCACCUUGCAGCAGCUAAACAAAGUUCCUCCACAGAAGAGGAAAAUGAGGAAGAGCUGUCUGAAGAUGUGGCUGCACAUGGUUGUGAGACAGACUCAUCUAAAGCAUCACCAGCCAGUGAACCGUUACCAGAGGUUAUCGUUGAAAAUUUGCUUCGGUAUUUUGAUGAUGAAAAAGAGAAACUGAGUAAGAAGAGAGGGUCCUUUCCAGAGCAGCCGUUACAGCAACACUCGCUGGUGUCUGCUGUGCAAGAUGUUCAGCUUAUUGCUAUAGACUGGGGCUUCCCUGGAGCAGCUGGCAGUUUUCAGCAGGGACUACCAGGUGAUGUGGUUGAUCAUCAUCGGUACAAGUGCCCUAAUUGUGAGAAGAGCUUUCUGCGUAGGACUCAGCUGAGAGAUCAUCAAAGGACCCACACUGGGGAACGCCCAUACCAGUGCUCAAAAUGCCCUAAGAGGUUUAGUCGCAGCACCCAACUAAAGGAUCAUCUGCGGACGCACACUGGCGAGCGGCCCUACCAGUGCAAUGAAUGUGGGAAGAAGUUUACACACAGCUCCAACCUCAUCCAUCACCGAAAAAUCCAUACAGGAGAGAAACCCUAUAAGUGCAACAUGUGCUCAAAGAGCUUUAGCCAAAACUCUGACCUCAACCGUCACCAGCGCACUCACAUGAUAGCAACUAGCAGUCACAAGUGCGACCGUUGUGAUCGGACGUUUAUCUACAAGUCUCAAUUACGUAUGCAUAGCCGGGUGCAUGUGGUCGAGGAUAUUCUGCAUGGGGUAGAGAGAGGUGAAGAAGCCGAGCAAGUGCCCUGGACAUCACAACCUCUCUAAGCUCAUCAGAUACUGCAGCUAUAGCCACAACUAAUGCUUAUGAUUGUAAUCUAAACAUGUUUUUCAUUUGCAUUCAGAAACUCAAGUAGCUUUUAAACUGAUCUCAUGAAAUGACUAAAUCGGCUGGUGACUUGCACCAUUCUAGGUACGAUAGUAUUCACAAGAGCGGUGACUGUUACUUAUAUCAUGCUCGUUAUUGUAUAAUAUCACAGUCUUAUCAUUUGUCACCACUGAAACAAAACUACAAGUAAAGGAAACUCUCAAAGCUUAAAUCGUUACUUAUAUAAUGCCAGUUUGUGUUUAUUACUAUAAUUUACAUGGAAAAUCCUUUAACAACUUGACCCGUUACCUAUAUUUUUACCUCUAUCUCUGUCUUUCAUGAGCUGGCUUUUAGAAGCAGUAAUUGUGUACAUUUAUUUCUGAACAAAAGAAUACAAACGAAAAACCCUUAAACUUUGUGAUGAUGUUUCUUCUUCUUAGCAUCUUGCAAAAGCUUCCGGGAAAUAUAGCUCUUGAAACCCGGAAUGUGCCAUAAACGUAGUCAUGGAGAAAGAAGUCCUCACCGUAUAUGGAAACAUUUAUUUUUACAUCUUGUAAUAAUAUUAAAUGUCUAACUACAAAAUCAUACAUAUGAGGGAUUUAUUGAGGUAGAAUGAAAAGAAUUUAUAUAUUGAAUUAGUUACAUUUUAUUUACAAUUUCUUUGUGCUGUUUUCUUUUGUUUAAUAUUCACAUUUUAAAAAUAAUGGUAUCGGUUAAACAAUAAAAUAUAUGACAAUGAAAUACA